CAUUAUUCCCUUUAAACAUUCCAAAACCGGUAUUCAACAAAAUCCUGUUAUUGUAGUUUCAAAAUAUUUUAAAAAGCAUUAUAAGGAUAAGAAUGUUUGUAUAAGUCUACAUUACAAUGUUUAGUUAUUAGAGAGCUCUAUUCUUUUCAGCGGUGGAGAUAGAACACAACUUUGACUUGCUACAGUAAGACAUCCCGAGCAGGGCAGAGAAAUUAAAAGUAGAACAACAUAAAGAAAACUAUCUUACUCUUUGUGACAUCUUAGAAUGGACUGUGUAUUGGUUCAUUUCUUUCUGAUUUGAAACCAGACGUAAAAUCAAGUUGACACAGCGAGUGACACACCAACUUCUCAAUGAGGCUCUUCAGACGUAACCUUCAUGUUUUGGGAUGUGCAGGCCUGGUCCUUGUCCUUCUUGUCUUAUCGAAUCUCAGGCCGAAACAAUCCUCAAUGAGACAUCCCCUUGACAGGAACAGAACUUCUCAAGAUACAGCUCUCAGCAGAACAUCUUUCAAUGGCUUAGAUUUCUCAAACCAUCAGGAGACUGCGAAACCCUCUCUUUGGGCGGUGCUAUCGACCCCAACAGUGCCUCGCUACUCUAUCGUAUACAAGGAGUACGGGCAGCUGGGCAACGCAAUGUUUCAAUACGCUAGCAUUAUGGGCGUUGCGUUCAUGAACAACAGGCUCCCACUGGCGUUAAAAUCAACUCAGUUGCUUAAUGUUUUCAAGAUUAGUCACGUCCUGAGAAAAAACUUCAUCUUCCAAAGCUGUCAUAGAAUCCAUGAGUCCGCCUACGCUAAAUACCAUCCUGAAUUCGAACAUUUGCCCGAGCGUGAUAUUUGCUUGAAUGGAUUUUUUCAGUCGUACAAGUAUUUUCACAAGUAUGCCAAGCAGAUCAAACGCGAGUUCGAAUUUCUUGACGCCAUUCAGGAUCAAGCAAGAGACAUGCUGAAUAGCUUGAAAAUAUCUCUUGUAGACCGAAAGCUCAUUGGAGUCCACGUACGAAGGGGAGAUAAACUCGAUAAAAAACACAGAGAUCAAGGAGAGUGUGUUGCCCCUGAAACCUACUUUCAAAAAGCGUUUAGGUGGAUGCGGAAACACCAUGGAAACGUGACGUUUUUAGUUGCUACUGAUGAUGUCAAGUGGUGUAAAUACGUCUUUAGUAAAGAGAAUGAUGUCAUUGUUUUGCCACCAGCCAAUGGUCCGCUUCAUAUGUGUCUGCUGAGUAUGUGCCACCACGUCAUCAUGUCAGUUGGCACGUUCGGCUGGUGGAUUGGAUGGCUGAGUGGUGGUGACGUCAUCUACUACAAACACCAAGUUCGGGAGGGUUCUGUUAAUUCAAAGGGAUUCAACAUCUCCGAUUUUGCACUGCCAUCAUGGAUUGGUAUAGGAGAUUGAGGGCAUGCCUCUUUCAAGUCGGCUUCAUGGAUUGGUAUAGGAGAUUGAGGGCAUGCCUCUUUCAAGUCGGCUUCAUGGAUUGGUAUAGGAGAUUGAGGGCGUGCCUCUUUCAAAUCGGCUUAAUUGAUGAGGAUCAGUGACUGAGUGCUGUAAAAUACUUUCAAAAUGUUUUUAUGGAUGAGGAUCAGUGACUGAGUGCAGUAAAAUAUUUACUUUCAAAAUGUUUUAAUGGAUGAGGAUCAGUGACUGAGUGCAGUAAAAUACUUUCAAAAUGUUUUUAUGGAUGAGGAUCAGUGACUGAGUGCAGUAAAAUAUUUACUUUCAAAAUGUUUUUAUGGAUGAGGAUCAGUGACUGAGUGCAGUAAAAUACUUUCGAAAUGUUUUUAUGGAUGAGGAU